AUGACUCAGAAAAACGGUAAGUUUAGCAGCGCCACCGGUCUCCGCGAGCCUCUACUGACAACAGAGUUUGCUGAUGUCAUCCCCGACAUCUUCACGGUGUUCACCGACGCCGACGACAUCGGCGCGAUGACGACGCCCCUCCCGCUGGGGUUCCACGAACCCGAGGCGAGCCGCCUCUUGGCCCUGGUCCACAAGUUGCCCAGCCAGGCGAAGAACCCCACCACGAUGCAGCAGCGGAUCCAGGAACACUACUACACCACCCCGUACCAGAUCUACCACGACUUGACCGUGGUGUGUGCCCGCACCAUCCUGCACUACCCGUUGGGGCUGGACGAGUACUUCGACGUCGACUUCUACUACCGCUUCUGCGUCGAGGUCCUCCUACGCGAGUUGACCCGCUUGCACAUGCAAAUGGGCCCCGUCGAGUCCGAGGGCGACCAGCUGGAGCUCCAGGCGCAGCUCUUGGAGGACUUCACCCUGAUCAGCCUGGCCUACCGCCAGGGCAACAACGAGACCAUCUCCUAUAUCCACGAGGAAGAGCCGGCGGACCUGCAGUCCCCGUAUGCUCCUGUGUACCAGCCGUCGGCCCCCCCGCGCAAAACGGUACAGCCGUUAUUCCUGUCGUUAUUGGGCAAAUCGCAGCUUGACCCGCGGCCCACCGUGGUCGGCGGCGACUACACCAUCUCCAAAGUGGUGGCCCUGAAUCGGGUCGGGGCUCGCGGCGUGCAAACCAUGGACGCCAUCUCCCCCGGGCUGAACCGGAUCCCCAACCCGCUGGAGGCGCGCAACUCGCUCAUCCUCAACGACUUCUUCCACCCGACGUGGUACACGAUCCCCAUCCCUUCGUGGCUCACGUAUAAGGGCACGGCGCUUAAGCCGCCCACGGCGUUACCGAACGCGAUUGCCUUAAAACAAGACGCCAACGGCGGCAAUAAGCGCACGACGUUAUCGAUCCUCCAGCGCGGUAAGCACCCAGAACGGACGACGACGCUGAAGCUUGUCGACGUACCAGGUGAUCUGUACCGUCUGUUUGCCCCCGUCACCGACCUGGGCGAUGCCAUUAUCACCGGCGGCUUCAAAGCGGGGAUCUGGCUCCAGCACUUGGGGUGGAAGCGGAUUCAAGAGAUCAAGCAGGCCACCAAAGAAGGAGAACUGGCCCUGGAGGAGAAAGACGCCGACGAAGACAAGGAAAAGAGCAAGGAGACGCUGCCACCGCCGCCAUGGCCACUGAAGUACGACGAGCCGAUUUCUGACGAAGUUAUGGCGCGGUGGAAGCCCGAACCGGUGGAAGCAGGUGCUCCCAUCGACGUGGCCGCUUUAGUGAACUGGGACCCCGCCCGCAUCACUCAGCUCGAGGAGAUGAAGCGCGACCGCAACGACAUCACCAAGCUGGCGGCAUCGCUUCAAAGGCUCAUACUGAUCAACCUUCUUCGGCUUAAUAAGUUGCGCAACCAGCGGUACCGGGCCAGUGAUCCGCGGCUGAUUCUUCCUCCUGGCGACGAAGAGAAAAACGUGUACCAUCGCACCGCCAAGUUAUUGACGUUUGCCAUCGAGGCGUACAAGCUCCUGCCCGGCGACUUCGAUGUCAAGUUUUCCCGCCACUUGCCAGUGCUCACAGAGGAGUUUGGUGGGGUGCUUCCCGGGGCAAUGCCGCUGAAGCCGUCGCAGUACCCGGUGUCGGGUAAUCGCCGGGUACCCAACAUUCGUGGUCCCUACCGCAAAAAGAACCGGGCCGUUUAG